CUCUCAUAAGUUUUGACUUGGUUUUCUCAGAGAGAGAGAAAGAGAGGGAGAGAAAACAAUGAAGGGAGCUGAUGCCGCGCUCUACAAUCCUCGAACGGUCGAGGAGGUUUUCAGAGAUUUCAAGGGCCGCAGAUCUGGAAUGAUCAAGGCUCUCACUUCUGAUGUUGAAAAAUUCUUUCAGAUGUGUGAUCCUGAGAAGGAGAAUCUCUCCUUGUAUGGAUAUCCUAGUGAGCAGUGGGAAGUCAACCUACCUGCUGAAGAAGUGCCUCCUGAAUUGCCAGAGCCUGCUCUGGGUAUCAACUUUGCAAGAGAUGGCAUGGCAGAAAAAGACUGGCUAUCUUUGGUUGCUGUUCAUAGUGAUGCCUGGCUAGUUUCUGUUGCCUUCUACUUUGGUGCCAGAUUUGGGUUUGACAAGGCUGACAGGAAGCGACUUUUUAAUAUGAUUAAUGAACUGCCAACAAUAUUUGAAGUUGUGACUGGUACUGCAAAAAAACAAGCAAAGGAGAAGUCAUCUUCAAAUCAUGGCAGCAACAAAUCCAAGUCAAACUCCAAAGCGCGAGGGUCCGAAUCUCAAGGAAGACAUUCGGAAGUAUUGCAGCCUAAAGACGAAGAUGAGGGCUUGGAUGAAGAGGAGGAGGAUGAACGUGAAGAGACAUGUGGAGCAUGUGGUGGAGGCGGACCAUCCUCAUUGGACGAACCCUGGAUUUUCUGUGAUUUUUGUGAGACGUGGUUCCACAUGAAGUGCGUGAAGAUGACCCCUGCACGAGCAAAACAGAUCAAGCAGUACAAAUGCCCUUCAUGCAGCAACAAGAGAGCCCGGCCUGAUUAAUUGGAAACGUCCCCCGAUAGUUGGAUAAAUACUGUCCAAGUUUAUUCUUGAAAGUCCGAUCUGUUUAAGACCAUUUGUUGUAAUGCUGCUUUCAUAGUUUGCUUGUGGUGGCUAUCUUCCUAAACAUGCUUUCCAUUUCCAGGAUGCUACUACUUUAGAGAGAGAUUUUUCAAUUGUUUGUUCCUAUGAAACAUGUGUCACUCUUUUCAUAUAUUUAUCCAAGUAAUUUUAGUGUGUUGAAUACUUUUUA